GGGCGGGCCCCUGAGAGGCCCGCAGCCUCUGGUGGCUUCGCCGCCGGCGGAGCGCCGCCAGCUGCGGGGCAGUCACCUAGCGAACGCCGGUGUGCGCGCUGAAACACGCGCGGUUCUGUGUUUACAGGUAGCAUUUCCGUCUGGGGAUCUUGGUGGUCUUGGAGGAGUUCGCCUCAGCGGACUGCGAGGAAGCUGCGGUCCAGAACCCGGGUCCAGCCUCUGUCAGGCCGGUAGUGAUUUGGAGCCGCGGAGGCGCCCUGGGUCAGCGCGCUCUUGGGGAACGAGGAGGCGUGGCCUGGCAUUCUCCGCCGCCGGAGACGUGAGAAUGAAGAGGAACAAUUUAUCUGCUGUGAAUAAAAUUGUCCAUUCUUCACCAGCAGUGAAACAGCCAAAAUUUGGAUUCUGCUCUUCUCUCAACCAGACUCACAUGUACACUGUUCUUCUAGACUGGGGGAGCUUGCCUCACCAUGUAGUGUUACACAUUUUUCAGUACCUUCCUUUAAUAGAUCGGGCCCGGGCAUCUUCUGUAUGUAGGAGAUGGAAUGAAGUUUUUCAUAUUCCUGAUCUUUGGAGAAAGUUUGAAUUUGAACUGAACCAGUCAGCUACUUCAUAUUUUAAGUCCACUCAUCCUGAUCUCAUUCAGCAGAUUAUUAAAAAGCAUGCUGCCCACCUUCAGUACGUCAGCUUUAAGGUUGAUAGUAGUACUGAAUCAGCAGAAGCUGCCUGUGAUAUACUUUCUCAGCUGGUGAAUUGUUCUAUCCAGACCUUAGGCUUGAUUUCAACAGCCAAGCCAAGUUUUAUGAAUAUGUCAAAGGCUCACUUUGUGUCAGCGCUUACAGUUGUUUUUAUCAACUCAAAAUCAUUGUCAUCAAUCAAAAUUGAAGACACACCAGUGGAUGAUCCCUCACUGAAGAUUCUCGUGGCAAAUAAUAGUGAUACUCUAAGACUCCUAAAAAUGAGUAGCUGUCCUCAUGUUUCAUCUGAUGGAAUCCUUUGUAUAGCUGAUCAUUGUCAAGGCCUUAGAGAACUGGCAUUGAAUUAUUACAUGCUAAGUGAUGAACUUCUCCUGGCACUUUCAAGUGAGACUCAUGUUAACCUUGAACAUCUUCGAAUUGAUGUUGUGAGUGAAAAUCCUGGACAAAUUGAAUUUCAUUCUAUUAAAAAACAAAGUUGGGAUGCACUAAUUAAACACUCCCCUGGAGUUAAUGUUGUUAUGUACUUCUUUUUAUAUGAAGAGGAAUUUGAGACAUUCUUCCGAGAAAACUCCCCUGUUACUCACCUUUAUUUUGGCCGUUCAGUAAGCAAAGCAGUUCUUGGACGGAUAGGUCUUAACUGUCCAAGACUAAUCGAGUUAGUGGUGUGUGCCAAUGGUCUCCAAACUCUUGAUGAUGAACUUGUUUGUAUUGCUAAACACUGUAAAAACUUCACAGCCUUGGGCCUGAGUGAAUGCGAAGUUAGCUGCAGUGCCUUCAUUGAGUUUGUGAGACUGUGUGGGACAAGGCUAGCCCAGCUCUCCAUAAUGGAGGAGGUUUUGAUCCCUGAUGACAAUUAUAGCCUGGAUGAAAUUCACACUGAAGUUUCCAAAUACCUGGGAAGACUGUGGUUCCCUGAUGUCAUGCCUAUUUGGUAAUUGACUACCAAAGAUCCUAACUUUUUUUAAUUAAAAAAUUAGCUUCUUUCAGUCUAUGCAAAUCUAAAGUUUAAGUUGCAUUGCUGAAAUAUUUUAGGUAAAGUAUUUCAUCAUUUGCAAACUGUCUUAAUAGGUUGCAGCAGAAACAUUUGAAAAAAUACAAGAAAUUUGAAAAGCCAAAAAUUUUCCUAAAUAUAGCACAGAGACUAUGUUUUGGUUAGAUAGUUGAUAUGCUAAAAACUACAAAAAGUUUCUAGGUAAGCUGCUUAGCCUUCCUUGAAGGCGUAUUUUACUUUGCUAAAUAAGUUUAUAAUAUUGAGCUUUGGAUCCCUUAAAUUAUGCCAUUUACAACUUUAUAGUGUUUUAAUUGUUUCUGUGUCAUCCUAAUGUAUUUUACAAAGUACUUAGUAUUAAAAACUAAGAGUAAAAUCAAAAUAUAGAUACAGAUGCUGACUUAAUUACACUUCAUUUUAGCACUAUAUAACAUGUUAUGAUUUAAUAAACAACUUUAAUUUCCAGUAUUGGAAUUCUACUUUAUUACAUUAACUUGAGAGUAAAUUGAUAUUAGACUAAAAUUAAAUAAUGCUAAUUCAUUUUAUGAAGAUACUGUGAUUGUUAAUUGAUUAAAUACACUACUGAGACAAAUAAGUAAAUUUUGCAGAGUAUGUUUGGGAGGGAAUCAGUGUUUACUGACCUAUUGCUGUGCAUCUGAAAUGAUGCCAAAUACUUUGCAGAGCAAUCUUGUAAUUUAAUCAGUAGUAAGCAAAAUUCCUUAAUGGCUAUGUAUUGGUUUUAGGAUGAAGAUAUAUCUUUGACAUGAUUCACAAGAUCCUACGAGGUCUGGCUUCACCCUGCUUUGCACUCACUUUCUUCCCACCAAGCUGCCCCGUGCCCUUUUGCUCCCAUUCUCUUUCAGGUCCUUACAGCUGCUGUGCAGAGGCUCUAGUCAGAAGGCAUUCGUACAUAUUAAUCAUCCUACUUUGAUUACUCUCUCCAUUCCCUCAGAUCUUUCCUUUAGAGCCUGUUCCUUGGGGAAGCCUCCAUGACUCUCAGCACUCUGCGACUGCUCUUUGUGGCCCUCACCAUUAUUGUAACUUGCCCUUUACUUGUAUGAUCAUCUGCUGCUUCUAUUGUGCAGUGUAAGAUCACUGGUGGGUUUCACUCACUGUUGUGUUCCCAGCAUCUGCCAUGAUAUUUAACACGAUAGUAGGCACUCAAUAAGUUUUACUUAAAUACUUUGAUUUUAUCCUAUAACUUUUCUGUAGCAUUUUUCAAAAUUUAUUUUAUUUUAUUGUUGUUCAGGUACACUUGUCUGUAUUUUUCUCCCACCCCAGCCAUCCCCACCUCCCUCCCCCGAUCCCACCAAACUUUUUCCCUUCAAUAUCUUAAAUUUCCUUCUAAGAUAAUCAAUUUAAAAAUAAAAAGAAAGUUAAAAAUAUAUCUAUCAUUUUCCAGUAUUUGAGUAUUUUUGAAGAACAGGCAUCUCAUUUCAUUCACCUUCGAGUCCAAACCUCUCAAAACAGUGUGUAGUACAUUAGUACACACUAAAUAAAUGCCAGUGGAGCUGAUAUUACUGGUUGAAAAAAAACAAUUUCUUAAAGACAGUUAAUACUAUUGCAGAUUAUAUCAGCUGUACCUUAAGAUUUCUCUACUCUCCUAGAGUGCAGAAGCAGCAAAUGACAGGGAACUUAGGGUCUGACUGGAAUAACAGGACUACCAGACAGAAAGGAAGUGGUAUAACUGAGAUGGAGGGGUCGGACUGCUUGGAGAUCAGAGUAAUUAAUGGUGGAAAAACUGAAGACAGAAACCUCCAGUCGCACCUGGUAUUAAAGUGCAUAUGCCUGAGUGGUAAGGUGAUAGAAUGCCAGUGGUGCUUGCACUGGAGGACAACAAAGCAAAACAGAAAGGGACUAGAAGAGGGGAGAGGUCGAGGGGGAGUUAAUUCCUGCGGCCCACCAGCAUAGAGAAAUAAUGACAGUGAGUGGCCUCUUUUACAUUGAAGGAGAAAUUGCUGCUCUAAAUAGUGGUCUUUAGUAGUCAAACAUAGUGAACCGAGCAUUAUAAUUAAUAAUAAUAUCAGAACAAAAGUUAGACUAAAACUCAUCAGCUCAAUUAAAUGAGACCAUGGUUGAUCUUACUGGGUUGAUAAAUUGAAGAACAAACAAAAACAAGAUGAGGAAAUAGAAAGUAUUCUUGAUGUUUCAUUUAAUGAAAAUGUCUCCAUUUACUAUGGAAGUCCAUGGAAAGCACUGUUUUCCUAAGAGUCAAGGAUUCUAGGUAAAUGAAAGAAUUUGAUAUUAGAUGGAUUUUGAGCUUUAGGCUUUUAAAAGUAUGUUCUGUAAGCAAACUUGUUCAUGUUAAAUUUGUGUUUUUGCAUGUGUUGAAGAGUUCUGGAAAAGUUAGGAUCAUUUUGUUAGACAAAAUGUAAAUGGAGAGAAUGGGAGAAAAGGUUCUAUUGUAGGUAUACUGAAGACACACAAAAAUAGGAUUCUCAAGUUUUUGUUUUUUCUUCCUUAAGAACCUUCCUGGGCUCAUUUGUAUUGUACUAAAUACUAGGGAGAUGGACAGAUAUCAACGCAUUGCUGUUGAUAUGCCACUAAUGUGAUAAAUGUCACAAGGAUAUAAGAAUUCUUCCCUAUAUAGACCUAGCCCUAAACUGGCCGCUUAACUUUUAUUUUCAUAAAGUUACUUUCCUGCAGAAAACUAAAAAAAAGUUUCCAAAAUAAAAACCGAUUUUGUUCAUAUUAUUUACAGUCAGUGAGACUAAUACCUGAUACCACAUUUUUAAGUAUGUAUUAUAACCACUUUCACUAAGGAAAAAUAAGUUACUCAGUACUGUUACUUCUCUGUCAUUUGAACCUUAGCAAUACUUUAAGCUGAACAUUUUGACAUUCAAACCUAAAAGGAAACUAAAAAAAAAAACCCUCUAAUAUAAUUCACCAGAGGGCGCUGUAUUCUAGUUCUUUCUGAGAAAGAAGUCCUUUAGUCUAAAGUUUGCAUUUCCAUUCAACAGAUGUGAGAGUUCUUGUGGAAUGCUAGGCAGAAGGAAACAUUCUUGCUCUACCUUGGGGAAGCUCUCCAUUCCAGGUAAUGAGUCUGGUUUUUAAAACAGUCUCUUCAAGACGUUGAUUAUUUAGAAGGCUAUGCACAUAUUUCAUUGUUGAAACAUUUUAGAGCUCUUUAAAAAUUGCCCUUAAAGUCUGUGUUAUUUCCUUUUUUGUGUUCUCAAGGGACACAGCCUGUGCCCUUUGAAAACAAUGUAAUUUUUGGAAACAAUCUAAAGUUACUUGGCACUGAGGAGAUGAAAAGAUAGAUUAUCAAACCAGAUAGUGCUGGUUGUAGUUUUCUUUUUUUUUUUUUUAUAACCAAAACUCCUUAAUUUGCUAGCCUUGUAUAAGACAUUAUAGUAUAGUAGAGAAAAGUAUCUAACUGGGUAUGAGGAACUACUAAUUGUGUUGUAUAGACUCUAAACUAUCUGAGAACCAUCAUUACCUCUCUUUUCUGGCCACCUACCUGCAAGUCCUAUUACAUCUGUAACAUAUACAUCUGUAACAUACACAGUGGUACCUCGGUACUGGUCAGCUUCAGAACUCAUCAAACCCUGUACUCAUCAAAAAUUGAAGAGAAAAAAUGUUUUAGCACUCAGCACUUGCUCACCACUUGCACUUGCUACAACUUGUAUGAGUCACGAUGCCAACCCGCAAGAGAAAAUGCUUCACCAGUCCUCGCUUGCUCACCGUUCAUCAGAACGAAUUAAUGACAAGUACCGAGGUACCACUGUAAUUCAUAAUGAUUAAUACGUAUGAAAUCACCUCCUAACUGUAAAAGUACAGCAUUGAUAGUAACUUAAAUUUGAGUGGUCCUUUCCUAUCAAGUCUUGAGGUUACUAGUGUUUAUUAUUUGUUUGAUUUUCUUUUUAUAUAUUUUCAUCACAUACUUAUGUGUUCCUAAAGAUUAUGUUUUGGCUUUAAUUGUUUUAACUUUUUAAAAAUUAUCAUGCUAUAUUUGAUCUUUUGGAUGGUUUUUUACUCAAUAUUGCUAUGAUUGAUUCAUUGUGUUAUGUUAGCUGAGAAUUAUUUAUUACGAGUGCUAUGUAAUAUUCCAUUCUAUAACCACAAUUUAUUUGUCCAUCUCACUGCUGAUGGUCAUUUAAGUUGUUCCAGGUUUUGCUUUGAUGAAUAA